AUGCAACAGCAAUUGUACCCGGUGGAUUGCUAUGGGCGACCAAUCGUCCCAAUAAUCGUUGCACCGCAGCCAGUUCCAUAUCAGCUGCCUCAAACGGGAAAAUUUCAACCAGCUCAAAACCCGGCACAAUACUACCCUCCGGAGUUUGGAGGAUAUGCGCCCAAUGAGAAUGCACAACAACCCAACUUCUAUCCAGCUCCAGGGCCGAUGGUUCCUCUUCAAGUCAACACUCCACAGUAUUCCAGCGUCCCACUAGCACACUCACACUCUUCCGGAAGAUCCUCAUCACAUUCGGAGCCGGUGAAUGUCGGAGGGACCAAUCAGCCGUACUAUCACGAAUACCAACCCAUCUAUCAGUCAGAUGGUGGAUAUAAUGGAGCGCCCCAUGUCAACAAUUUCUCGUCCCAAACCGUACCAGCGACAGGAUUCUCGAACCAAGGCCCAAUUGAACAACAGGGACCACCAGUUAACAACACAUUCACAGCUCAAUACCAACCCAUCUAUCAGUCAGAUGGCGGAUAUAAUGGAGCUCUUUAUGCCAACAAUUUCUCUUCUCAAACCGUACCAGCGGCUGGAUUCUCGAACCAUGUUCCGAUCCACCAGGGUCCACCAGUUAACAACACAUUCCCAGCCCAACGCGAACCCGUUUACCAGUCAAAUGGUGGUGGAUAUUAUGGAGGGUCGUAUGCCAACAACUCAUCUCAAGCCGUUCAAUCGACAGGAUCUUCAUACCACGUUCCCAUCGAACAUCAGUUUAAAACAAAAAUGAAUGAAGCGUUGGAGCGAUUGAACUGGAAAAAGGAUAAUACGCAAAAUUUGCCAACUGGAGACGAUUCAAAAGUCGAAACCGAGCAGAUCGAUGCUGGUUUGGGCUCUGAUGUUGAGGCAGAAGAGCCUGUGGAUUCUCAAGCAGAUGCACCAAAAGCCGCAGGAACCGCUUCUAAGAAGUCCCGUCGAGUGAUUGUUGUUUCUGCAAAAUACAAGUUCGGCGCGAGAAACGUCAUGAGAAAGUCUUCUCGUCGAAUUCAAGCCAAAACUACCCAGAAGUCGAGAGAUGAGGAUGUGGAGGAGAUGGGAGACGCAGAGGAUGACGAGGAUAAAGAAAACAUCAUCCAGAACAAUGACUGUCCGUCUGUUGAGUCCAUUUCAAUCCCUGAAGUUGCUGACGUUCCAACAGUUGCCAAAGCUUUGGAUCGCGUAGCUCUGGACGAUGGAAAUGUCAAUGUUGUCGCCGAACCCGAAGUCGAGGAGUUGAUCCAUCAAAAUGAAUACCAGUCAUUGCCAAAUGGAUAUGUCGCCAACUCCAAACUUUCUGAAAAUAAGAUGCCAGCGAAGGGAGAUUCAGCUCCUCCUGAAAAUGAGAGCCAGCCAUUGCCAAGUGAGACUGACGUCAACUCGAAACUUUCCAGUUCUGAAACGAAGAUGCCAACGGAGCAACAAUCCAUUUCUCCUGAAAAGCGCUCUGAUAUCCACGACAAGGAAUCAGAGGUAACACCAGCUCCAGUAACCAAGGUGGUUGAUUACUCCAAAUGGGUGAAUCGCAACCAAAUCUAUAAAAAAUGGAUCCAAGAGAGUCAAGAAGAGGAUCAGGAUUCAGAAGACGAAAUUGCUGAGUCAGAAGCCGAAGAGAAAGUUGUUCAGUACGAUGUGCUGGCUCCAGCCGAAGAACUCCCUCAUGUCGCUCUCAAGACAACUGUACAGAGAAAGCCAAGCAAUCCAGGCCAUCAGAAAGCAUUUGCGUCGUCACAAGCUGCAAAACCACGAGAGUCGAAGAAGAAGCAGAAAAAGCAAAAGGCGAGCAAGAGUCAAGAUCAACAGAGCACGAGCAAAGUGCAGCAACAAGAACUGGAUAUCGGGGAGAAAGUCGAGGAGGACUGGUUUGAGCUAGAAAAGAAAGAUUAUGACGAGAUGAAAAAGAUUAUCAAUGAAUACGGGCGUUAUAUUCACAGCUUCAGAAUUAUCGCCUGGGCAUUCAAAAAAGAACGACCAGCGGUACAUUCGUUUCAAAGCAAUAUCAUCGAAUUCUACAGAAAGCGAUUAGAUUAUGCCUUGGACACUGAUCGAAAAUACCUGGAAACAGACAAAUACGCGGAGUUGCGAGCCAAAGUCUAUGCAGCCAAGAAAAAUCCACGUGGCAUCAAGAUGUAUCAUUUUCUGCGAAUCAUCAAAUCAAGCCCAUUGCCGGCAUUUGAUGCGGACUUGCUUUACCUUUACGAUUCGCCGAAACCUGCACCUGUGCAUGUUAUCAGUGAUUUGGAGGAAGGCUACUUCGACAUGGUUCUCUCUUUUCGAUCCUGGAAGCCAGAGCUACCAGGGACGGCAGUGUCAGUACCAGACUUGAAAACUCUUCCAUACAAGCUUCACGAUACCCAUCUUCGGCGAUUGGCUUACCACAUCAACUUCCAAAGCUAUGUGAGAUACCAGCCCAGUGUGUCUGCAGAAGAGCGACAUGAAAUGGGACGGCGAGAGAAGUUCGUCACGGAUGCUUACUUUGAGGAGCGUCAACAUGGCCUCAACGACACUUGGGUCGCUGGGGACACAAUGAAAUUCCUGAUCAGUCGUGUGAAACAUCUCGAAAAAACGGAUAUGCCGAUAAGCAACAAGCUCAUCGACUUCUACAAGUUUUUGAUUUGUAUUUCCUCGAGCAUUAUUCACUUCGACGCAUAUUGGUUCAACGAGAGCUUAAAAUUAGAGAACACGGAUGACAAGUACUGUUUCCAUGAUGAUUUGAUGUUCAUUGAAUACUUAUUCGGAUGUGUUAAUAUUGAAAUGUGA